AUGCAAGCUUCAAGUUCACAGUCGAAUAUAGGGUCUCUGAGGAGUAAUUACUCAGACAAUUCACUACCCAACAAUCAGGUUAUAAUACACGGUGAGGAAAGCAGCAGCAGCCUGCACAGCGAACGCAACGAUUAUGAUUAUGAAAAGAACAAACUGGAAACUGCGGCAUCGGAUAGCCAUGAACGCAAGGACAACCAACUAAGUAGGCUGAAGGAUGAAGAAUAUGUUGUUCCUAAGAGUGAACGCAGAGGGCUGUUACCUCAACUUGCGAUUAUACCAGAGUUCAAAGAUGCCAGAGAUUAUCCACCGAUGAUGAAGAAGAUGAUUGUCUUUUUAAUUGCAUUUUCUUCCAUGAUGGGCCCCAUGGGUACAUCAAUCAUCUUCCCAGCAAUCAACUCAAUCACAACGGAAUUUAAAACUUCAGUGAUUAUGGUGAACGUUUCAAUUGGUGUAUACCUUUUAAGUCUCGGCGUUUUCCCAUUAUGGUGGUCUUCUCUAUCCGAGUUAGAGGGCAGAAGAACUACUUACAUCACCUCUUUUGCAUUACUGUUCGCAUUUAAUAUCGGGUCUGCUCUAGCCCCUGAUAUCAACUCUUUUAUUGUCCUGAGAAUGCUCUGUGGGGCUGCUUCUGCCAGUGUCCAAAGUGUAGGUGCUGGUACGGUCGCCGAUCUAUAUAUUAGUGAAGAUAGAGGUAAAAAUUUGAGUUAUUAUUAUUUGGGUCCACUAUUGGCUCCGCUUUUAUCUCCAAUUUUUGGGUCUCUGUUGGUGAAUCGCUGGCCUUGGAGAUCCACUCAAUGGUUUAUGGUCAUUCUAUCUGGAUGUAAUGUUAUUCUUUUGACAGUGUUAUUACCUGAAACAUUAAGAAAGCAAGAUUCCAAAGGCGCUAUUGCUCAAAUUUUGGCUGAAAGACGUAUUCAAGUAGACAAUAGCGAACAACAAGAGAUACAGGAUGAUUAUCAGAGGGGAGAAGAUGGGGCAGAUCAAAUAGAAAACCAAGCCGCUACACUCUCUACUGAAAAACAUAACUAUGUUGGAGAGGUAAGGGACCGAGAUUCGCUAGAUUUAGAAAGUCACUCUAGCCCCGAUACUUUUGAUGGUCGAGCUAGGGAAACCCAAUUGCAACGGAUUUAUACAGAGGCAAGUAGAAGCUUGUAUGAAUAUCAGUUAGAUGAUAGUGGUAUCGAUGCAACUACGGCACAAGUUACAAGGAUAAGAUCAACAGAUCCAAAAUUAGCAAGAUCUAUCCGAGAAAAUAGUCUGAGAAAAUUACAAACCAACCUGGAAGAACAAGUCAAAAAGGUGCUAUCCAGUAGUGGGGGUGAAAUUGCUCCUAAAGAGGUAUCAGCAGCGAGGAAGGUCUGGGACACCUUUUUUAUUUAUUUUAUCAAACCUUUAAAAUCACUACACUUCCUAGAAUACCCGCCUGUGGCGCUUGCAAUAACAUUUUCCGCAAUUUCCUUUUCCACAGUAUACUUUGUUAAUAUGACGGUGGAAUAUAAAUAUUCGAGGCCUCCCUACAAUUUUAAACCAUUAUACAUUGGUCUGCUGUAUAUUCCAAACUCUGUAACAUACUUCUUCGCUUCUAUUUACGGCGGGCGUUGGGUAGACAUGCUUUUAAAAAGGUACAAAGAGAAAUAUGGCAUUCUUGCACCUGAAGCCCGUAUAUCAUGGAAUGUUGUUACAUCUGUGAUAUCUUUCCCCAUCGCGCUACUGAUAUUUGGCUGGUGCCUAGAUAAAAAAUGUCACUGGGUAACGCCACUAAUUGGAACAGCGCUUUUUGGAUAUGCCGCUAUGAUGACAAUUGGUGCUACCCUUUCCUACUUGGUCGAUUCCCUGCCGGGAAAGGGUGCCACAGGUGUCGCAUUGAAUAAUUUAAUAAGACAAAUCUUGGCCGCAACCGCAGUCUUUGUCACCACGCCCAUGUUAAACGGCAUGGGGACUGGAUGGGCCUUCACAAUGCUAGCCUUUAUCGUUCUGGGUGCCAGUAGUGUACUUAUAAUUUUGAAGAAGCAUGGUGAUUACUGGAGAGAGAACUACGACUUGCAAAAAUUGUACGACAAAAUUGAUUGA